AUUGUGCAAACGAUGCACACUGAGGCACAGCACACGGCAUGCUAGCAACAACAACAUGCAAAAGCUAGAGCUGGAAAACCCUCCUGCCUCUUUAAGAUCUCCCGUUUGGGAACACUUUUUGCGGUGCGAUAUAGCAAUGGAGGACGAGAGGUGGACAAAUCGAAAGCAGUUUGCCAACAUUGUUCAGCAGCGGUAGGGUAAGCUUCUGGUAACUCAUCAAACAUGCUAACACAUUUAAAGCGGCACCACCCCCAAGUGAACAUCGCUUCAGCUAAGAGAAAGACGAACAUGGUGCAAACCCAGCUACCCACCGCAUUCAAGCAGCCUCUCCUCGGCGAGUCAGAAAGGGCUAAAGCUAUAACAAAUACCGUUGGUGUUUUUAUAGCAGCAGAUUUAAGACCAUAUUCAGUGGUGGAAAACACUGGCUUUAAACACAUGAUAAAGGUAAUUAAGCCACGAUAUCAAGUACCUUCUCGCCCACAUAAAAUCAUACCGGGCCUUUUAUGAGAAAACUAAAUCUGCUGUUAUCUAGGAUCUGUCAUCUGCAUCAGGCUUUGCACUCACAACAGAUGGAUGGACAUCCAGAGCUACAGAGAGCUACAUAACUGUGACUGCCCAUCACAGGGCCCCUGACUGGACUUUUGCAAGCCAUGUUCUGCAAACUCAGGUCAUUUAUGAACAACACAUCAGCGCAACUCUAGCAGAGGGACUUAAGGAGACUGUGUUGGAGUGGAAGCUAGAGAGGCCAGGAACAACAAUUACUGUCACAACAGACAAUGCCAGAAAUAUUGUAAAUGCAGUGAAAGAAGCUGGUCUGGGCCCCCAAAUUGGAUGUUUCGCUCACACAAUAAAUUUAGCUGCACAGAAAGCAACAGGUCUCAACCAAGUGUGCAGACUGCUAGGGAGAGUGAGAAGGAUCGUGUCUUUCUUUCACUGUAGCUCAACAGCCGCACACAUACUCAAACCCAAACAGGAGAUGCUUGGUGUACCACAGCACACACUUAUUCAGGAUGUCGUCACCCGAUGGAAUUCCAGUCACGACAUGCUGGCAAGGUACCUAGAACAGCAAGCACCAGUGUAUUCAGCACUGACAGAAAAGGCCCUCAAGAAAAACAAAGAUAUAACCACACUGUCUGACCGGGAUGUAAGUAUGGCAGAGGAGAUAGUUGAGGUCCUUAAACCACGUAAGAAAAUCAUCACACUGAUUGGUACUGAAACCGCACCUUCAGCAUCCAUGAUCCUGCCCCUCAAAACCACAGUACUGAACACUAUGGAACCCAGUGAAGAAGACAGUCCAACUGUUCGUCAAAUCAAGGCUGCCAUCAGAGACAACCUCGAGGGCCGAUACUCUGACUGUGAAGACUUCCUCCACAAAUGCACAGUCCUUGACCCCAGGUUCAAGACCCUACCUCAUGUGGAUGAUGCCUAUCGUGACAAAAUCUACACCUGCCUCAUCACAGAGCUAGUGACAAUGGAAGAAAAGAGUGAGGAGGCCACAGGGACAUCAGCAGCCAGUUCAUCCUCAGGACCAGAACUCUCAGGGGAAUCUGAAUCAUCUCCACCUGUCAAGAAGUCUGCAUUGACUGAACUGUUUGGUGAGCUCUUCACGACUCAGGUGGGAGACAAGCCUACUUUGCAGCUGGUGAAAGAAGACGUUGCCUCAUACAAGGCAGUCUCAGGCAUUAAACUAGAUUCUGACCCACUUCUAUGGUGAAAGAACAAUGAGACCAUACUGACUCUUACUGUCAAGUUAGCCAGGCACUACCUCGCCAUACCUGCUACCUCCGGUAUUUUCCACAGCUGGAGACAUUUCUGCAGAAAAUGUGGAUAAACUGAUUUUUCUGGCAAAAAAUAUGAAGAUUGAGUGAAAGUCACCAGGGUUAAAGGCUGGGGGGGGAAGAAAAAUUAAUCUGAGGCUGAGUUGACUGAAACUGUUUAAUGUUGCACUUUUUAUAUGUAGAAGAACAUUUUUUAAAUCUGAGUCAUUUUUGUUAAGAAACCAAUUCUGAGCCUUAUCUUAUUAAGUUUUAUUUUGUUUUAAUUUUAUAUAUG